UUUUGUGUAUGAUUUUGUUUAUUAAAAGAUAUUUUGAGCCAAAAGUGAGGGGGCCAUUGUCCCCCUGGCCACUGUGCUUCCGGCGCCUAUGCCAUCUGGCCCACAGUCUUUAAAGUGAAAAGGGAAAAAAAAAGAUGAAAAUUUACAUAUAUAAAUUUAGUUGCCACUUUUAUCCCAAAUGACUUGUAAGUCCGGCAUUACAGAUAAGCAAUAGUGUGAUACGAGUAUGUUGAAAUGAGGAAGUUGUGUGGAUGGUAGGAGUUUAUGUGUUAGUCCAGAAUAGAGCUCCUUCCUUCAGCCACAUGAUGAGAGAGGGAAAGAGGAAGUGAGAGUAGGCCUCCUUGUUGUUCUAGACCACCACUCUCAGUUCCCCUGAAGCUGUUCUGUUGCCCGGACGCCUCAUCUGAGGGCUAAGAUAUCCAUCCUGAAACACCAUGAAAGGAACCACUCUUACAUAUUUUCUUUUAUUCACUACUGGUCUUCAGGCUAUAGUUAUAAACUACCAUGCUAAGGAGGUUUGUUCACUCAAAGGGUCCACAGUGGUUCUUAAGUGCUCGUAUGAUAUUCCUACUGGUGACAGUUUCAUAGCAGGGUUUUGGUAUAAAAAUGAUUCGAAAAUACCAAUACAAUUGAAUGUCCCAAAUGUAAAUCGUUUUGUGUACAAUUCACACACUUGUGUGCUGAGGAUAGCCAACCUGACACUACACGACUCAGGUUAUUAUGAAUAUAAAAUCACAACAAAAACAUCCACAUCAAGCCUGAGGGACUCUAGUAGAGUCAAUGUCCAUGUUGCGGAUGCUCCACGUAAGGACUGUUGGGGAGUGUCCUACUCGUCCACCAGCUUCUGUGUCUUGAUGGGCUCAACGGUGGACAUUCCCUGCACAUACGGAUUCCCCACAGACCAGACAGUCACCACAACACUCUGGUACAGAGAGGAUAAGAGGCGUAAGGUGCUUAUAGACCUGCGUCUGGAGAAAGACUAUGAGGGCAGAGUGGAACAUCUCAGUACUGAGGAGCAUAAUUGCACUCUGAGAAUCAGAGACGUGGGAGCAACUGAUUCAGGACAAUAUCGAUUCAGAUACGUGACAAACACAACAGGAGGGGCCUUCUCUGGUGGACUAGUAACUAUCUCUGUCACAGAUCUACAGGUGUCAAUGGCUGCUGGUACAUUAACUGAGGGAGGCAAUGUGACACUGACCUGUGACACCAGCUGCAAACUAAAGGCCGUCACCCCCUUCAUCUGGUACAAGAACACACGGCCAACCAGACACAGAGCCAUCAACAGCACCCUCCACCUAAACCCAGUCAGCAGUGAGGAUGCAGGCAGCUACUCCUGUGCUGUUAGAGGACAUGAACAACAUCGAUCACCUGAGGCUGCUUUAGAUGUCAGAUAUGCACCGAGGAACACUGCUGUGCUUGCUGCUCCCCAUGGUGACAGAGCAGUGGGCGAAUCGCUGUCUCUGACCUGCACCAGUGAUGCUAAUCCACCUGUGCACAACUACACUUGGCACAGGAAGGUUGGUGAUGAACUCAAAUUGAUAGGAGCAGGCCAGAGUUACGUUGUCGCUAACAUCAGCUAUGAGACCAGUGGACUCUACUACUGUGUUGCACAGAAUAAUGUUGGUGAACAGCACUCGGCUGCUGUGUCAGUGCCAAUAGCAGGGCAAGGCUCUGCUAAGGGUGCAGCUAUCGGGAUUCUUAUAGUAGUACCACUCCUACUGAUCCCAGGCCUUCUGUGGCUGAGAAAACAAAAGUCUAGGAAUCCUGCCUCGAAAGGGAACACAACAAUUUCUGUACAACAGACAGACCCAAGUCCGGUAUAUGACGACGUAGCUGCAGUAGCAGUGGCCUCUGAUCUCGCAUGGAGACGAAAAACGGAAGCGCACAAUGACGUUCAGUACGCCAGCGUUCAGUUCAAAAGCUCGAAGGAAGCUAAGAUGGCACCCUACGCUAGUGUUGAGCACCCCCAAACCCAAACAGCACAGGAGGAUGUUCAGUACGCUUUACUGAAUUUCUCCAGACCAAAGGACACUCCUCCAGCUGAAGUGGAUCCUGUGAUCUACAAUACAGUGACCAAACCCCCCAGGACACGAAUACAUUGAGCAUCACUUCCCAUCAAGAACAAAGAUGAAUGUUAUUUUUCAAGGAUAUAUUUGCUGAAACCUUUGUUAUUAACAAGAAUGGAAUGUAUAUUCCUGUGUUCUUAUUUCAUCCUGGCAUGCGUAUAAUAAAUAUUCACUUAUGUGCCACCAGUCUUUAUGUGUCCAAGCCAAAAGCUGGUGCUCGCUGGUAUGCAGAGGUGGAAAGUAACAAAUUACAUUUACUCACGUUACUGUAUUGAGUAAAGACUAAUGACAACCAAAAGGAAGGGAAAAGAUUGUGCCCGGAACCACUACAGUGACAAUGAUCAGCAUGUAGCCUACUACAAUAUACACUGUAAAAAAUCAAACUAGGGAAAUAGUGGCCACAACUUGAAAAACUAAUUAAGAAAGAACAUUCUUACAAGUGACCGUUGUCUUAACUUGCAAUCGUGUGUUAUAUGACUGUUUUUUAUUAACAUUAGGAGAACUUGAGUGGUAAAGUUUGGAGAAAUUCAAAAUGUAAGUUAAUCGCAGGGCAAAGUUCAGCCAACUUUUUGAGAACGAGACCACGCAUGCGCAGUCGGAUUCCACCGUUAAUGGAGAGGAGAGGCGCGCGAGGCACAACGACUUUGACAUCGGACAUUUCCAUGCACAGAAAGACCGUGGCACUCCGAGGGCUUCCAUUGUUCCUGAAAGACUACGGAGCAGAGAAGAUUCUAACAACAUGCUUGAACACUGAUCCAGAAGCAGACUACACAAAAGGUGUGAAGAUGGCCAUCAUGACUGUGAUUGAAGAUGAUGUAGGGGCCUCCGCUUCCCCACCACACAUUGAAGAUUAUGCCAUCAUACUAGAGGAGAUUGUGGUAAUGCACAACAUCUGUGAUUUGCCAAAUGCAUUUGCACUUUUUUUUGGCCUCUUGUACGCUCUCAAUUUUCAGUACCCUAAAGAGUUGAAAUACACAUGUGAGGUGAUUCAGAAAGUUUUCCUUGGACUUGGUGAUGUUUGCUCAGCUAGAGUUCAGGCUUUCAAAAAUAAACUCUUGCAGUAAACAACAUGCUUACACACUGUUUAAUGGCAAUGUUUUGCAAUACCUGUUUGACAGCCACAAGUAACAUUUGCUUUGAGUGGGAAUCCUAAGUUUAUUGUAUGGAUGUUAAACCAGCAGAACAUGUGCCGUACUUUGAGUAUUUUAUUUUUCAAGUAGUUUGUCUGAAUGACUUGUGAUUUACAUUUCAAAGAAACUUUUGAGAGUUUGAAUGUUUAUUUUUUCUGUGCAAUCAAUAACUUUUGCUAACUUCAGAUACAAAGCAGCAGAAGAACCUUUAAAUGCUUUUUGUGGUACAUUUGACUGUUCCCUAUUGUUCAGAUGGUCUGUCUGAAUUACCUUUUUUCAUAUUUGUCUUUGGCUACAUUAUGUUGCUACAUAAUAUUUGAAAUAUGGUGUAACUUCUAUUACAAACCAGCAGAGGAACCUUUCAGUGCUAUUUGUGGUACUUUUGACCGUUCUGUAUAAAUGGUCUGUCUGAAUGACCUUUUCUUUUUUUGAUAGUUCAUUGUUGACUACGUGCAUAACUUACAAAAGAUGCAAAUAACUCAUGUUUUCACUUUCACACUGAAAACUUUCAAUAAAACCCAGAUUAUUUGCACAAAAA